AAACUAACGAAUUAAGUGCAGAAUCGCUGGAAAUAGAAUGUAUAUACGCAUGCAUAAAUUUAUUGUGGUAUUACUUGUUUUAUGUUCCGGUUUGAAGACGUAAAAAUCGAGCUUUGCAUUAACAACAACGGAGAUAACUUAAAACGUCCAAUGUGCUGGUACCAGACAUCAUUUUAAGAAUGUCUUCCGCAGAAGAAAAAACAACAGUAAAAAACUUUAAAAAUUUGAGAAUUUCAAUAGACGAACAUACACAAGAAGGGGAUGAAGUCAACAAAGAAGCAGCUUGCAUGUGUUCACACUAUUUUAACAUGGAUAGAGAGACGGAGCAUUUAGUUUCAUGCAAUAAUUCGCCCACCACUGUGAAAAGCACUUCUCCGGAUGCCUGCAUCUAUGGAACGCAUUAUCCGAAUCGAAUAUUUGUUGGUCAUCUACCUGGAAAGGCUUCUGCUACUGACUUGGCCGACUUCUUUCGAUCAUUCGGAACUGUAUUAGAAGGAAAGGUCGUUCUUGAUUCCUUUGGGAGAUCUCGAAGAUUUGGAUUUGUCACUUUUGCUACGCAUGAAGAUGUCCAGAACGUUCUUUCGCAAGGGAGUAUUUUCUUUAAAGGAAAGAAAAUAAAUGUUGGCCCAGCUGUAAAGAAAAUGUUUGGUACUGAUUUUUCUCCACCGGAGAGCCCUGCUGCGACCACAUCAGGUAGCUCGACACCAACUUCACCUGAAAGUCUUACGGAGAAGAUUAUUACUGUGCCACCAGUAAACGAAAAUAAGGGUGAUGAAGAUCCAGCUUCACCACGUGCUGGUAAUGUUUGGUUGAAAAUCAACACAAAACCUAAGCAGAUCGCAAAACCGGUAGCCGAAGCUGCACAGGCGUAUUCACCGAAUAUGAUAUAUACACAACAACCUACGACUUAUCAGCCAUAUAUAUAUCCUACUGUUCUGACCGUGCCAUAUAAUCAAAGCUACAACUACCCUAGAUAUUACUACACUCCAACUGUUUACCCCACGAAUUGCGCACAGCAAAUGGUGCCCUUUCAACAAUGGCCUCAGACGAUGUACUACACAAUGGACCGCAUGGCAAUGAUGAAAAACUAAAAAAGAAAGCCUACAGGAGACUGGGUUUUUGUGGUAGAAAAAAUAGGGAAGGAGCCUAGUAACGAGGUUUUAAAAAGAAUUAUGACGUAACUUAUCAAAAAUAACCUUAUCAGACAAUUUUAUUCUAUUUUUUAUGUAUGAACUAGAAUUUAAGGUAGAAAACUGACAUUGUAUAUUAAUUUCAUUCGCGUAAAAAGUACUGGAAACAA